CUUCUCUCUCUCUCUCUCUCUCUUACAUCGUUUUCUCGUAUAUCCAAAUUUCCACCCUUUUUACGUUUCUUUAUCUCCUGUUUCUGGGCUAUUAUUUAGCCUUGUACUCUUUACCCCUCCGAUAUUCCCGUGUACUUGUAAUUUAAUAUGCCUGGUGUCAUGGACAUCCAACAUUUGUUAUGCCACAGUGAAGAACAUGAAAACUCACCGUUUCUUCCUCCUACCACACUCUAUUCCGAACAACACCAGCAACGACCUACCACCAGUACUACUGUUCUUGCCGUUCUUCCGCCGCAGACAAGUUGUAGCAGUGAAAGCUUUCUAUUAGCGCGACAACGGACAGCACACAACAACCACCCUUAUCCAUUUAUACAACAAAAUCAAGUAACAAGAAGACGACGGCGCGCAGCUAGCGAGACAACAGCAGCAGGGUCUAGUCAUCAUCACAAUAGCCCAACCACAGCAGCAACGACGGGGUUGGUUCAGACACGCACCCCAUGGACACCUUUCGAAGACGUCUUGCUACAACGCGGGUAUAAAGAAGGACUGUCUUGGGCCAUGAUCUCGUCCACCUAUCUUCCUCAUCGCUCACGAGGUUGUUGCUGGGGUCGUUACAAAACUUUGCAAAGUAAACUGCAGCGUCAGCAGCAGCAGCAGCAGCAGCAGACGCCGGCGCAGAUGCAUGGGCAAAAAAAGAACCGACCACAACAACAACAACAGCCUUAUGUCCACUAAUGCGCGCAACAGUAGCAGCGGCAGCAUACAUGUUACAGCAAAGCAGCAUACAUCCGAAAAAAAAACUAUACACUCCCCCCCCCUUUUUCUUUCUGCAGUUUCCCCCCCACCCCAUAUUGUCAUUAUGACCAACCCAACCCCCAUCCCGAUGUUUUUUUUUACCAUUUCUUGAUAUUUUACCCUUUUAUGGAUAUUCCUGCACCACCCCCCUUUUAUGCAUAACAACUCAUAUAUAUAUAUAAAACACACAUGUCCCCCCUAACACCCUUCAAAGAACACAGCAUAAGCGUUCCGCUCCUUUCCACAAGGCAAUUCAGCUUUUCCAGGAUUUUGUUUCUAUUUUUAUAUGUCUUUCCCAGUUUUUCUCUCUCUCUCUCUCUCUCUCUCUCUCUCUCUCUCU